GAAAAAUGUCACGAUAUUUGACCGAAAACAGCGUGAGAGGUGAUAGUCGGCUCUAAACCGCCGGGAAAACUAGCUAAAUUUCUGUAGACGAUGUUGUGAAGUUCCUGGUAGGGCUUUCCUCAGUGGCGAGAGGGCACCAUGAGACGGCUACCAGUUGUACUCCUAGUCUCACUCUUCCUUUCUGUUUCUUUAGUCGCAGUCAACGGCGCCUCCGAUUCGAAGGCGCAGAGCGAGAGGAAAAAUAAGUUUCGGGAAAGACAGGCCAGCGAUGACCUGCUCGCUUAUCCAAACCUUGAUGAGGAUUCAUUGUUAAACACCAAAUGCCCACAUAAUUUGGAAUUGAGAUGGCAGACAGAAGUUUCAUCCAGCAUUUAUGCCACUCCAUUAAUUGCUGAUAUUAACAGUGAUGGGAAGCUCGAAGUAAUUAUACCAUCUUUUGUUCAUUACUUGGAGGUGCUAGAGGGGUCAGAUGGAGACAAGUUGCCAGGCUGGCCUGCAUUCCAUCAAUCUACUGUUCAUUCCAGUCCUCUUCUUUUUGAUAUUGACAAGGAUGGUACAAAGGAGAUAGCUUUAGCAACAUACAAUGGAAUAAUUAAUUUUUUCAGGACCUCUGGCUAUUUGAUGAUGGAUACGCUAGAGGUGCCUCGAAGAAAAGUUCGCAAAGACUGGUAUGUUGGUUUGCAUCCAGAUCCAGUGGAUCGUUCACAUCCAGAUGUUCAUGAUGACCAGCUUGGCCAAGUGGCUUCUGGUGCUGCCGAAAGCACUUCCAAAUCAAAUGCAAGCUCUAUGGGACUUAAAAGUACAAGUUCUUUGAAUAGGUCGAAGGAUGAAAAUGAGGAAAAACACGAUUCUCUUCAAACAGCUUCUGCAGGCCAAAAAAUUGAGCUGCUUAAUAAACAAGAUACUGCAACAGUGCAUGAUGUUUCAGCGGAAAGAUUUGAGAGAGACAAUAAAACCCUACAUUUGUCAUCAGAAAAUCCUGAGAAUGUCAAUAAAAGCAUAAAUGAUGCGUUAUUGGGAAGUAUUAUGGGAGAGAACUCAACACAUGCUCAGAGAAGACUUCUAGAAAAUGGGUCAGGUGCUAAUCAGCAGGGAAGUUCUGAAACUCAUAACAUUGAUGAUACUGGAGUGCAUGAGGCCACGGUGGAAAAUGAGGGAAGCUUGGAAGGGGUUGCUGAUGAAUCUUUUGAUUUGUUUCGAGAUGGAGGCACCGAAGAUUUAGCUGAUGAAUAUAAUUAUGACUAUGAUGAUUAUGUUGAUGAGUCAAUGUGGGGAGAUGAAGAGUGGACUGAAGUGAAGCAUGAAAAAUUGGAAGAUUAUGUGAAUGUGGAUUCACAUAUCCUCUGCACUCCUGUGAUUGCUGAUAUUGACAAUGAUGGUGUACAGGAAAUGGUUGUCGCUGUCACCUAUUUCUUUGAUCGUGAGUACUAUGAUAACCCAGAACAUAUGGCUGAGUUGGGUGGUAUCGAUAUUGGGAAAUAUAUAGCAAGCAGUAUCGUAGUAUUCAAUCUUGAUACAAAACAAGUGAAAUGGACCGCUGAACUAGAUUUGAGUACUGAUGCUGGGAAUUUUCGUGCAUAUAUAUACUCGACUCCUACUGUCAUCGAUUUGGAUGGUGAUGGAAACCUGGAUAUUCUUGUUGGUACCACCUAUGGCCUGUUUUACAUAUUGGAUCAUCGGGGUAAGGUGCGAAACAGAUUUCCGUUGGAGAUGGCGGAGAUUCAGGCACAAGCGGUUGCAGCAGAUAUAAAUGAUGAUGGAAAAAUUGAAAUAGUGACAACUGAUGUGCAUGGCAAUGUUGCUGCAUGGACUGCAGAAGGCGAUGAAAUUUGGGAAGUGCAUCUUAAGAGUCUCAUUCCCCAGGGCCCUACUAUUGGUGAUGUUGAUGGUGAUGGUCACACUGAUGUGGUGAUACCGACAGUAUCUGGAAACAUAUAUGUCCUCAGUGGGAGAGAUGGUUCAUUUGUCCGCCCCUUCCCUUAUAGAACCGGCGGUAGGGUGAUGAAUCGAGUUCUUCUAGUUGACCUAAGCAAACAUGGUGAAAAUAAGAAGGGGUUAACUCUAGUUACUCCUUCAUUUGAUGGUUAUCUUUACUUAAUUGAUGGAUCAUCUGCUUGCGCUGAUGUUGUGGACAUUGGGGAGACAGUGUAUAGCAUGGUCUUGGCAGAUAAUGUUGAUGGUGGAGAUGAUCUGGACCUUAUUGUUUCUACAAUGAAUGGCAAUGUUUUUUGCUUUUCUACCACAUCACCACACCAUCCUCUAAAGGGAUGGAGAUCAUCCAACCAAGGAAGAAACAAUCCAGGAAUUCGCUACAACCGCGAAGGAAUCUACGCAUCACAUGCUUCCAGAAGUUUUCGCGAUGAAGAGGGAAAACAUUUUUGGGUUGAGUUUGAGAUAAUCGAUAAAUACAGGGUUCCAUCUGGGUUUCAGGGACCCUAUAACGUCACAAUAAAUUUGUUAGUGCCUGGAAACUAUCAAGGUGAGAGAAGAAUUGUUCUUAACCAAGUAUACAACGAACCAGGAAAGCAGCAGAUUAAGCUGCCGACGGUGCCGGUUCGAACCACGGGAACUGUGCUGGUAGAGAUGGUUGAUAGGAACGGCAUUUAUUUUUCGGACGAGUUCUCUCUUACCUUCCACAUGCAUUACUACAAAUUACUGAAGUGGCUUCUGUUCCUUCCAUUGCUUGGAAUGUUUGGUUUACUUGUUAUUCUCCGGCCCCAGGAAGGUGCACCAUUGCCAUCUUAUUCACGGAAUAGAGACUAGAAUUCAUUUUACAAAUUUCGGUUAUUUUAGGAAAUUUAAAGUUUUUGUUCGCAAAAGGCUUCUUUAGCCGUUUUUAUUUUUCGGUUGGCUGGAUUAAGUGAAUAUUGAAGUUUUAGAAAGGAAAAACUUGUUAUAUGUUGAGUUCUCUUAUUGUCUAUUGUCUGAAAUGCAGUUAGAAUCAAAGGCUUGUUAUGCAUGGUUUUGAUGACCGAAUGAUUGAAAUGUUGGAAUCAGUAACAGAUUUUUUUAUUGCA